CAGUAUUACAGUAAAUUUUGCUAAAUUGGGACACAGUGUAGCACUGGAAUACUGACAUGACUUAACUAUAAAAAAAAAAUAACGAAAAAAAAAAGAACUUUAGACUUAUCUUUUUAGAGAGUAAUGUCUCAAAAAACUAUAUUUCCCAUCAUUCAUGCGUGAAUCACGUCACACCGGAAACUGUCUGAAGGAAAUUUAACUGGUUGGUCCUGCGAGGGCAUUGACUUUGACUUCGAGCUAGUUCAAGUGACCCCUAAAAAAGCGCUGGUGAUGGCGGUGGACUGGGCUGGAUACGGAUAUGCAGCGCUCGUUGCGUCUGGAGGAGUCAUGGGUUAUGUCAAAGCAGGCAGUGUCCCUUCUUUGGCAGCUGGACUGCUGUUUGGAGGUCUGGCAGGUUUUGGUGCCUACCAGAUGUCACACAACCCCCAAAACAUUUGGGUGUCUUUAGCUACAUCAGGAACCUUGGCUGCUCUCAUGGGGAAAAGAUUUUACAACUCUCGGAAGAUAAUGCCUGCGGGUAUAGUGGCUGGAGCAAGUAUCCUGAUGUUGGCAAAGCUUGGUAUUGGAGUCUUGCAGAAGCCUCAAGAUUCAUGACUGGUCCUGCAAAAAAAUGUCUUUUUUUUUUUUCAAAUCAUAUUUUUUGUUUGCAUCUAUAUUGUACAGCUAUUUAGAAUAAUUUGACAUGAUUGCGGGUCUCAUUUUCUAUAAAAUGUUUAAUAAAUGAUUUAAAAAAAUAAG